CUUCGUUGCUUGCUAGUAAAGUCGCCGCAUUUGUCGUGUUAUUUUUUCUUUCCAGUUAUUCGUUGAUUAUUAUUUUAUAUGUGUUCCAUACAUGUUAAAUGUCUAAAACGUGUUUAAUGGAAUAGUAAUUUAAGAUUGUAGUUUUAUGUAUUUCACACUAACAUCCACCUAGUAUUCCGUUUGUGUUGUUGAUUGGAUUUGCGCAAUAAGAAUACAAAAUCAUGGCUAACGUGUCGUACCAAAUUGCACAUUUGCUUGAAAAAGUAAGUGCCUAAAUUUUUUUGAUAUUGCAUUAUAUUGUCUUUCAUCGGUAAAUACAUAAAAAUUCAUAUGUUCUUUUAGAUGACUUCGAGUGAUAAAGACUUCCGAUUUAUGGCUACCAAUGAUCUGAUGUCAGAGUUGCAAAAAGAUAGUAUUAAACUUGAUGAUGAUUCCGAACGUAAAGUGGUAAAAAUGCUAUUAAGAUUGUUGGAAGACAAAAAUGGAGAAGUUCAGAAUCUUGCUGUUAAAUGGUACAUAACUAAUAAUUAUAUUUUUUUUGUAUUUUUAUAGGUAUUUAUGAGCUUUUAAUUUUCACAUUUAACUAAAAUUACCAAUAUAAUAAAUACUAUUAAUUUUGUUUAAUAGGCUAAUAAGUGAAUAAAUAAAUGUAUACAAAUGUCUGGAUAUUUCUAAUAUUUAUUUAAAUUGUAUUUAAUUAUAGUUUGGGCCCGCUUGUUAAUAAAGUUAAAGAAAACCAAGUUGAGACCAUUGUAGAUGCUCUUUGUACAAAUAUGAUAUCUGACAAUGAACAGUUAAGAGAUAUUUGUAGCAUAGGAUUAAAGACUGUUAUUAGUGAGCUUCCGAUCACUAAUACUCCAUUAGCUGCAAAUGUGUGUAGGAGAAUUACUGGAAAACUAACCAGUGCUAUUGAAAAAGUAAUGUUAUACUUAACUACUUUACUAUGGUAUAAUAUAUUUUAACAUAAUCAUAUUAUUUAUAGCAAGACGUAUCUGUACAGUUAGAAGCUUUAGACAUACUUGCUGAUUUAUUGUCAAGGUUUGGAUCGUUAUUAUUAGAAUUUCACCAAGCCAUUCUUAAAUCAUUAUUACCUCAACUCACUUCUUCUCGGCAGGCAGUAAGGAAAAGGUAAUCAAUACAAAGUUAUAUGUUAUUUUAUAGGCCUAUUGUACACAAAAAAUUGUGUUAAGCAACUUGAUUAUUUUAAUUUACAUAAAACAAUAUAACAAUGUGUAUUAGUAAAUUAAUACAAAUUUAAAACUUAUAAUAAUCAUGAUAUUAAAAAUUUGUCUUAGUACACCUUCAUAUAAAGGCACUUCUAAUAGUGUAGAUUUUAAAUGCUGUGUUCCGUGUUGAAGGAUCACUGUAGGGUUAGAUUAGGUUAUGUGUGUCUGUGAUCACUGUGAAAGCAUUUAUAUUGCUCUGGCUUUUUUCAUCGGUAAUAUUGCUAAGUAGCCCUCUUAAUCAUUUAACUCAUUUAAUAUGCGGAAGUAUCUUUUUCAUAAAAAAAAAUCUCUCACUUAAUUUAACUAAUGUGUAAACCAUCCUAACAAUAUUGCAUGUAUAGCCAUAGACCAUAACUUACCUCUAUCAAUAGAUACAAGUUUUAUUUUGGACAUGAGCUCUUAAUCAAUUAAUCUAUUCAAUUAUUAUUCAAUCAAUUAUUUCUAUUUCCAUCCACUAAAAAAAAAACUAAAUAUUUGCAAUUAUUUUUAAAGCUGAAAAUACUAACGGAGACUAUAAAAUAGAGAUAGCUUACUUGGGACAUAAACUACGGUGAAAUCAGUGUGACCACAAAUCUGGCAUACAUUUUCACAUUAAUUUAAAAAAUACAAAUUUAUGAUCUAAUAUAAAAAUAGUAUCAAUACCAAAAGUACAGUACUUUUAUCGAAAGAAAAGUAUCAAUAUUUUACUGGUAUCGGUAAUAUCGAAAUGUCCCUAGCUGUGGGCCACUGUUGAGCACUUAAGUUCCAGGUGAAUUUAUAACCAAAAUCAAAAAUAAAUAAAUACAAUUUGUAUAAGUAUAUUUUAUUAAGUUGUGAAAAUAUUUAAACACUUAAUUAAUUUUGUGAAAUAGUCUGACAUGAAGGUGUUCAUAAUAAAUAGCACCCAUUUGAAAAGGUGUUGUCGGUGGCAUGUAUUUGUAAUCUUUUUAGAUCCUUGAAUUCUUCUAACCUCUUUAGAAUCUGCGCGUUGUAUUAUAAUGACACCUAUAAAUUAUUGUAAUUCUGUUAGAAUUAUAAUAGUUAAAAUCUUAUUUAUUGCUAUUUUAUAUAACCAUUAUGCAAGGGUAAUUCUAUGAAUCUGGCUGGUGAAUGUAGAUUUGGAGCGCAGAUAAAUACUGAUUGGUAAAAACACUAAGGCUAAUUUGCCUAGGUUCAUGAUACCUACAAUAUUUCUGUGCUUUCUAUUAUAUUUAUCUAAGGGGAGGGAACAAAUAUUUAGUAUUGUAUUUUUAGAAAAUGUAUUAAUGUGUACAGUAUUCUGUAAGACAUUCCGCUAGCAUUCAUCUCUAUGUAACAGUCAUUAUUUCUGGCCCCUUUAGUGAUCGUUAUAUGGAAGUUUUACCAGUGAUGGAUUUAUUGGUUUUACUAGUGUUUUUUUUUAGUAUGUAAGCAACUUUUUGAACGGAAAAUUGGCUCCAAUGUUUUAUUUAUAGCAUCUUUUCGGAUUUUAUCUAGUUGGUGUAUUUAAAAUGUCAUUUUUUAAUUUUCCAAUGGAUUUUCUCAAAAAAAUUAUCAGAAAACCUUCAAAUAUUUACGGUGCACCUUCAUUGGUUUUAUGGUAAAUGUACGUGCAUUUUUUUUUUUACCAAAAAUAUUGAUUCCAUCAAAAAAACCACAAGAAACUUUUUUGAUUGAAUUUUGGAUCUAAGUAAGUUAUCUUUUGAUUGAUUUUUCAAGUAGUCUUCAUAAUAUUUGGGAGAAGCUAGAAAAAUACGAUAAUUUUACUGUAUUAUGUUUUUAAAUUUUUACUCCUUAAUGUUUUUACCAGAAAUAUUUCUCUAAUAGAAAAAUGACAAGAAACCUUGUGUGUUGUAUUUUUAAUCUAGUUGAUGAGUAAGUAACUCGUUUUUUGAUUUACUGUGUAAUUUUUUUUUAAUAAUUGAGCAAAACAAAUAAAAAAACCCCGGGAAAAUGAAUGGAAAUAAUGAUUUUAUUAUUUUAAAUUUUGUUUCUUUAUUGUAAUUCAGUUACAAAUAUCUGUAGAGGCUUGAAAUUUUGAUUGGAAACUUAUAUUUUCCUUUUAGUAAAAUUUGUAAAAUAGAACUACUUAUAGUUAUUUUAAUUUUGAAGUUCUUGUUUAAUUUUGUAGUUUUUUUUUUAUUUGGUAAUUACUGUGUAGAUAUAAUUGCUUGAUCAAAUAGAAGUACUUGAAAAUUUAACAGGAAGUUCAUUAUAAGUUGUAUUUAUUGGUAAAAAAAAGAAAGUAGAGUGUAAUAUAGUUCCAAGUUUAAUGAAAAUCCUAAUUAUUACAGGCCUUCAAAUCAUGGGUAAAUGAACUUCGCUCAGAAUCAUUUUUGGUUAGCAAUGGUUUAUCGUUGCUUACAUAUAUAAAUUAAAUAACUUUAUGUAUCCUACUUAACCAACUACCCAUCUACAACAGUGGCACACCCAUCAGCAGUUUCAGCGUAUUUAAAUUUAACAUUAGUUCUUUUUCACUCUUUUGAAACCACUACCAAAUUUUGAUUUUAAAAUAGCAAUUGUAAAAUAGAAAUUAAAAAUUACAGCAUAGACAUUUUUUAAACAAUAUUUUACCUAUUUAUGGCAUUUUUAAUAAUGAUUUAAAUUUAAAAAUAAAAAGUUAGUAAUAAUUAUCACAUAAAGAUUAAAAAAUUAUUAGCAAUAUAAUAUUUUAUAAUUGUGUAUUAGAGUGGUUUUUAUUUUAUAGAUCAGUGGUUCCCAAUUAGUAUGAAGGCACAGACCUCUAUCUAAAACUUAAAUUGGUUCAGGGACCCCUUAUUUGUGAAUACUUACUUUUCAAUUUUCUUUAAUUAUGAAAAAGAAAAACAAAUUUUGUAUGAUUUAUUUUAAUUUUAUAUAAGUAGGUAGAAAAAGUUUGUUCACAUCUAUAUAUUGUGCAAAAAAAGAAUAAAUAUCUUAAAGUUUUUUUUCGGCUAAUUGCUUUUGAUCAAUUUGAACAGUUAUCCAAAGAUCAAUUAGUUUUUUGUCAUUGAAAAUAUUUUUCAUCGUUCCGAUAUUUAUCAGAUCAAGUAAUUCAUCUUGUUCCUGUUCAGAAAGAUUUUUCAGUUUUUUCGAUAUCUCAAAAAAAUGGAUUUCUUAUCCACGUAUUGUUUGGGUCAAGUUGAUGAAAAUAUUUUCUUAAUGUUUUGGUCAUACUCAACAAGUGUUCAGAUAUUUCACUCUUUAUUUCCUGUGAUAGACAUUCACUUGAAGAUUCCAAAAACAUUUGUAAUGUUCGAGAGUUACAGAAAGAGUUCUUUUCAACAUGUUUUGCCUAAAUUUCAAACUUUUUAUGGUUACUUCGAUUUAUCAUUAGCAUGGAAAAUAUUCAUAUAAAUUCCUUGUAAACUUAAAUUCAGUACAUUCAAGUGUUCGAACACAUCAAUCAAGUAAGCUGUCCAACAAAGCCAUUUAAUAAUUUCAUUAAAAAAAAUUACUGUACAGUACUACACAACUGCGGACCCUUGGACCAACAAUUGGGAACCUCUACUGUUAUAGAUGAAAAGAAAAAAAAAAGGUUAGAUAAUUUUACUAAGCACCACCUCUCCCCCCCAUUUUGUUUGUCAAUGAGGGAGUAAUUUUGGUGAUACCUUAUCCCUUUAAUUGUCGCAAAAAAUUUAAAAAAUUAUCAAAGAGGGUAGUUUGACUGUUAUUUGAAUUUAUUUAAAAAGCUGUGAAGUUUACAUAAACAUAUAUCAGACAUAAAUAAAAAAACAUGAAAUGAAAUAUAAUCUGUACACAGUACAUAAUGUCAACAUUCUAAAUUCUAUUGAUAAUUCAAAUUAAAUAUUGUUAAACAUACAAAUUUACAUAAUUCUUGUUCUAAUUAUAACUUAAUAUAUUUAAGAUGAAUCUCAGGAAAAGAAACUUCUAAACGCUAUAACCAAAAUUUGGUAUUAUUGAUAAAAGUAUAUAUUCAAUCAACAAAUUUAAUGUCACUUAUUUAAAAACUUUUUAUCCUUGAGACCUAGUAAUUAUAAAACUUAACUUAUUAUAACUUUUGUUUUCUUCAAUUAACUGACAGCAAUGGUGGAUCUGUGUUAACUGCUGCCAAACUUAUCAUAACUUAACUAAGCUUUAUGUGUUGCAAACUAAUCUAACCAACCAUUGAAACAUAUUCAACUAUUUUCUGUAAAAAGAUAAUAUUGCCUUUUCUGUUUCUUGUUUAGCAACAUUGAAAAAUAAAAUUCAUCCAUUAGUGUCAAUGUAUAUUUUAACAUAUAACAUACAAUUACUUUUAAUCAGGAAGUUUUUUAUUAACACGUUCAGCACUGAUGUUGACGUCUCGUCAACAAAACGCAUAUGUUCUCUGCAGUAGGCAACUUGUCAUUAUUUUCUUAGCUCUUCCAAUAAUACCAGACUAUAACAAAUCAUUUAUUCUUGUUCUUCUGCGUAGAUAGGUUAGGUGUUAUAUUGAUAAUGAUUCUCAUAAUAAAGGUAAUAAAAGUUCUGUACAUGGGUGUCACCCAAUUUAACUCAUGCUUCAUUUAACAUGUUAAGGCAUAACACCUACAUGAUUAAUGCAUUCAUACUUAACGGACUAAAAUAUCAAACACAUUACAGAGGUAAACAAUUAUAUUUACUACCAUAAACAAACUUAAAUAAUAUUUUAUUUUCCAAUUUAUCACUAGUGCAAGGAAUGUUUUGUUUAUUUUGUAAUUAAUUCUAUGGUUUCAAAAAUGUAUUGAUAUACUUUAGGUACUACAGUUGCUGAAUUUUAAUAUUUUUUUCUUAAACUUCAUUAUUUAUGAACUAAUAAUCUGUAUUUUAGUACCUAUAGCUUUAUAUUAAUGUAAAAAUUAACAGUGGGAUCUUGGGUUAUUUCAUCAAAUAAUUACAUGUACUUCUUUAAUGUUUAAUUAGUAUUUACCAUCUCUGUCAUAUUUAUUAGCACUUAUAAAAUAGACAAAUUAAAAUUUGUGUAAAAAAAAAAAAGAAGUAUUUUAAUAUAGACCAUGUUAUUUUCUACCACUCGUGUGUUUUUGUUAUAGUUAGUAAAUAAUAAUAAAAAUUGUAUUUAAUAAAUCAUAAACUUUAUUAAUUGUUGGUAAUUGAAAAUUUCUUAAGUUUAAGUGAGCUAUGAGUUGAAGACCACUUCAGUUAGAUGUACAAUAACACGACUAGACAUUUUUAAUUUAAGAUAUUUAAUUUUUUUUUGAUGUUUUAUAUUUUGUGGAUUUCAUGUUUUCAUGGGUUUUAAACAUGUAUAUAAUAUUACAGAUAAAUUUAUCUGCCUAUAUAUAUAUACAUUGCUAUAUUAUUUAUUAGUUUUUAGUUUUAGUUUCUUGUCCUUAUACGCAUCAAUUAAUUUUGUAUUGUUUAUUUCAGAACCAUUGUUGCACUUGGUCAUUUAGUAUUAUCUUGUAAUCAACAAUUGUAUAUUAAACUAAUUGAUUAUUUGGUUAAUGAUUUAUCUACAAAACCACCUGCUGCCAGAUCCAAAACAUCCAUUCAGUGUAUAGCUGCCAUAUGGUAAAAUUGUAGUUUAUAUUAAAUAAUAUCAUUAAUCUAUUAUUAUUUGUUUAUUAAUAUCAUAGUCGUCAAGCUGGCCAUAGAUUUGGUGUUCAUAUUGAUCGUGUUGUUCCAUUGAUACAAGGACCAUUAGUGGAAAAUUCUGCUGAAGAUGAUGAGUUACGCGAGUAUUGUUUACAAGCAUUUGAUGCUUUUGUUAAUCGUUGUCCAAGUGAAACAGCAGCAUAUACUAAUGAUAUAAUCAAACUAUGUUUGGAGUAUUUAGCAUAUGAUCCUAAUUAUAAUUAUGAUGAUAAUGGUGAGAAUGGUGAUGAGAAUUGUAUGGAUACUAAUGAUGGUGAAGAUAUGGAUGAUGAAGAUAUUGAAGAUGAUUAUUCAGAUGAUGAUGAUAUGAGCUGGAAGGUUAGAAGGGCAGCAGCUAAAUGUUUGGAAGGUAUAAUAAUUACUAGAAAAGAUUUGAUUGCAGACAUGUAUAGAAAUGUAUCAAAAUCAUUGAUAUAUCGAUUUAAAGGUAAACUUCUCUAUGAUAAUGUAAUCUUAAUAAAAUAUUUGUAAUUAUAAUGUAUUUCUUAUUAUUUACAUAUACAUUUCAGAAAGAGAAGAAAAUGUAAAAAGUGACAUAUUACAUGUUUACAUAACAUUGUUAAAACAAACAAAGUUGACUAGUAGUAAUAUUAACACCGAUAUAGCUGAUGAAGAUUCAGCUAUGUACCUACUUCAAUCUCAAGUAAUCAAAAACAAUGGUCUAUAGAUUUAGUAGUUACUAAUUGUCAACCAUUUUUUAAUACCAUUUAGGUUCCUGCAAUUGUUAAAGCUAUACACAUACAAAUGAAAGAACGCAGUGUUAAAACUCGUACAGACUGUCUGGCUUUGAUGAAAGAACUCGUUAUUGUUCUUCCUGGUGCUCUUACUAAUCACAUAGGAACUUUGAUCCCCGGAAUUCAAUAUUCUUUAAGGUAUUGAACAUUAAAGUAUUUUUUUGAUAAAAUCAAAUAUUAAUACUUAAAUAAUUUUUAGUGACAAGAAGUCUAGUAGCAAUAUGAAAAUUGAUACUUUGUCAUUUAUUCAUUGUGUAUUGACAUCUCAUCCUCCUGAAAUUUUUCAUCCGUGGGUAGAACAAUUAAUUCCACCUAUUAUAACAGCUGUUGGUGAUCCAUUUUACAAAAUCACUGCUGAAGCCCUCCUUGUUCUACAAGAAAUGGUUAAAGUUAUCCGUCCAUUAGGUAAGAGUAAACAAAAAUUAUUUACUAGAGAACCCUUAGUUUAUAUUGUUGUUAAUCUAUAUUUUAUUUUUUUAGAUCAUAAACUAGAGUUCAAUUUUGCACUGUAUGCUGUAUCAUUAUAUAAUUGUACAUAUUCUCGUUUAAAAACAUCAGAUAUUGACCAGGAAGUGAAGGAACGGUCCAUUUCUUGUAUGGGACAAAUAAUAUGCAAUUUAGGUGAUGUUCUUCAAAAUGAGUUGCAAGUGUGUUUGCCUAUAUUUUUGGAUCGUUUGCGAAAUGAAAUCACCAGGCUUACUACUGUGAAAGCACUUAUUAAAGUAGCAGGAUCGCCAUUGAAAAUUAAUUUGUCUUCUAUUCUGGUAAAUUAAACAAAUAAAUGGGUUGAAAAUGAUUAUAUUUAUAUAAAAUGUAAUACUUUUAGGAUGAUGGUGUAUCAAUUUUAGCAUCGUUUCUUCGUAAAAAUCAAAGAGCAUUAAAAUUGAGCACUUUAACUUUACUUAACAUGUUGCUAAAUAAUUUCCAUGCUGAUUUUUCCACUGAUUUAUUAAAUAAGGUAAAUACUUUAUUAUAAUAACAUUGUAAAUAUAUGUAUUUAAUGUUUUUUUUUUAUAUAUAUAUAUAUUUAUAUAGAUAAUGAUAGAGUUACCGCAGUUAAUAAAUGAAACAGAUUUACAUAUUGCUCAGUUAACACUUUCUUUGCUAACAACAAUAAUAAAAAUCCAACCCUUAGCUAUGUCAUAUUCAUCAAAUAUAAUUAUGCCAGAGGUUAUGACUUUAACCAAAUCUCCAUUACUUCAAGGAGCAGCUUUAAAUGCUAUUUUAUUAUUCUUCCAAACACUAGUUGCUACAAAUGUCCCACAAUUUGGUUAUCAAGAAUUAGUGACAGUUUUAAUCUCUCCAUUGAUGGCCCAAGUAUCUGGCACUAUUGGUUUAACUUUACACAAACAAGUAAUUAUAUUUAUAUAAUUUGUAUUAAACCUUAACAAAAUAAUUAAAUUAAAUUGUUUUAGGCUUACCAUUCAUUAGCCAAAUGUGUAGCCGCAUUAACUGCAAUACAACCAACUCAAGCUAUGGGCAUUAUAAACAGUUUCAUGUCCGAAUUGUUAAAUCCAUCAAACGACCAACAACACAUUUUUUCAUUACUUGUAAUUGGUGAAGUUGGACGACACAUGUAUGAGGCUUUUAUAAUUAUUAUUAUUGGUACAGUGGUUUUUAUUAUUAACCGUGUUAAUUUCAGAGAUUUAAGUUCUGUAUCUAACUUAAAAGAAACAAUUUUACAAUCUUUCUCAUCUAAUUCUGAAGAAAUAAAGUCAUCAGCAAGUUACAGUUUAGGCAGUAUAUCUAUUGGAAAUUUGGAACAAUACUUACCUUUUAUAUUGAGAGAGAUUGAUAUGCAACCAAAACGACAAUAUUUACUCUUACAUUCCUUAAAAGAGGUAAUUCAUAUUUCUUAAAAUUUAAAAUAAGUUUUAGGUAAAUAUUCUUAAAAAAAAAAAAUAAAAUUUUUUAUAACAAUGUAUUAUUAUUUUUAGAUUAUCACAUUUGAGUCAUCCACACCUAAUGGUAUAGAAAAUUUGAAACCUUUUGUGCCAGCAAUUUGGAACCAAUUAUUUGGGCAUUGUGAAUGUACUGAAGAAGGUACACGCAAUGUUGUGGCUGAGUGUUUGGGCAAACUAACACUAAUUGAUCCAUAUAGUUUAUUGCCAAGUUUACAGUCAUCAUUAUCUUCCUCUUCGGCGCUUAUGAGAACUACUCUAUUAACAGCAGUUAAGUUCACCAUAUCUGAUCAACCACAACCAAUUGACAUGUUGCUAAGACAGAAUAUGGAUCAGUUUUUGAGUGCUCUUAGUGAUCCAGAUAUUAAUGUUAGACGAGUAACAUUAAUUGCAUUUAAUUCAGCUGCACAUAAUAAGCCAUCUUUGAUAAGGGAUCUACUUGACUCUGUACUUCCAAAACUAUAUGCAGAAACUAUUGUCAAAGUAAGACUAUUUUAAAUUUAAGAUAUGUUUUUAAGAUGAAUAUGUGUAUUUCAGAAAGAACUAAUACGAGAAGUAGAAAUGGGUCCAUUCAAACAUACUGUUGAUGAUGGGUUGGAUAUAAGAAAGGCAGCGUUCGAGUGUAUGUAUACGCUAUUAGACUCUUGUUUAGAUCGCUUAGAUAUUUUUGAAUAUCUUAACUAUUUGGAAAAUGGUCUCCGUGAUCAUUACGAUAUUAAAAUGCUUACUUACUUAAUGGUUUCAAGAAUGGCCCAAAUUGUACCAAGUGCUGUAUUACAAAGUAAGUUUUUUACUUUUGCAUCCAAGUCACCAGUGACUAGAAAUAAAAUGUUGGUUUUUUUUUUUGUAUCUUAGGGUUGGAUAAAAUUGCUGAGCCUUUAAAACAAACAUGUAUGUUAAAAAUAAAAGCAAAUUCUGUAAAACAAGAAUUUGAAAAAAUGGAAGAACUCAAGAGAUCUGCCAUGAGAGCGGUUGUUAAUUUACAGACUAUAUCAGAUUCUGGUGAGUAAGAUUUUAGAUUAAAUUGUUUUUAUUUGUGUAUCUCAUUUUCCCUAAAAAUAUAAGGGCACAACAUUAAAAAUGGAGUUAUACCUACAAGAUUUAUUUUAUCAUAAAUGGAAAACAUGUGGACUAAUGUGAAAUGUGGAAUAAUUUAGUUUUUAUUUUUAUUUUUUAUUAGUUGUGGAUAUAUUAUGUGUAUGUUUUUCAUAAUACGUUUUAACAUAUAAAUAGUUAUAUUACAAUUAAUUCUUGCUAUUUUUAUACUAAUAACAUUAUUAUUGUUCUUUUAUUUUAAAUUUAUUAUUGAGUAGUUUUCUAAUAGACACAGUAUCCAAUAAUUUAAUAUUGUGUUAUUUAUGUGCUGUAUCUUAUUACUGUAACUAUAUUUAUUCUAUAUUACAUUUAUAUUUAUUUUUAGAUAAAAAUCCACACAUGAGUGAUUUUGUGUGCCAAAUUAAAAACUCGCCUGAAUUGAAUGCAAUAUAUGAAUCGGUACAGAGAGAUAGUUCGGGGUUGGUAUCUGAUAAUCAUUCAACUCCUAUGGAAGUUUGUGAAUAAAUGUGAAACAAAUGUUCUAUAAUCACAUCCUCCUACAACAUAACAAUUGGUUUCUAUUAAAAUGUUUUUACAUGAAGAACUUUGUAAAUAAUAAUUUGUAUGUGUAUAGGCAAGUUUUAAUGUUUACUUUUUUUGUGUAUCUUUAAAUUCAUUCAUAAAUAUCUAAUGUUCGAUUACAUAAUAUACACUUAUUUUUUUUUUACUCAAUUUGUAGCAUAAAUUUAGGUUAUAAUUAUUUGUAUUGUGGUCAAUAAAAAUAUUGAUUGGCUUUAACAUGCAAUUUCAUUGAAGUGAAAACUAAUUAUUGUAUCAAAAAUAUUAUUUUAUUUUUCUCCACGUUAAAUUAUUUAUUAAUGUAUGAAACUAUAUUAUGGACUACUGUAAUAUGUAAUCAGAUAAUUUUUACAUUUUAUUUUGAAUUAUUAUAUAAAACACACAAAUGAGUAUCAAAUAAUUUUACUAUGGCUUAUACAUUUCUUUUAUUACUAAAUAGUACACUUAACAUUAAUAUUAAAAUAACAUAGUAAAAAAAAUACCUAUUUAUGUUAAAUAAAGUGAUUUUGAAAAUGGAUACUUUAUUAAUAUAUACCUAGAAUGUUUAUAAGCAAUCUCUGCAUACAUGGUAAAAAUUGUCAAGUUCGUUUUAACACCAAUGAAAUGUUUCAAUGACCACUGAGGCCUAAUUAUUAUAGAUGGGUCAAUACCACUUUUACCAAUAUCCUAUAUUCUGAUAUAUAUGUAUACAUAUUCAAUAUUUGAAUUGAAAACUAUCAGUUAAUAUUGAAAUUAACCAAUAAAUUGGUUGAAAACUUGUUUUAUUAAUACUUUUUUAACAGUCAAUGACAAUAGAAAUUUGUCUCUAAUAAUAUCAGUUUUGAAAGAAAAACCAAUACCACUACCGGCCAUUAUCAAGUAUAAAUUAAUGUAUUGAUUCACCCA